ACGGAACUUGAUUCAGACCCUGCUCAUCCUCGAGGUGUUUUCUUCAAGAAUUUGUCCAAAGACACCAUCCAGUACAAGAAGAUAACUCCUGACCAACUCAACCACCUCAGAGAGAUGGAUGCUGUUUAUUCUGCCCUGGAUGCUGUCAAGGAGAUCAGCCAAGUUGUCAAUGAGUCUCUGAAUGAGCACCGGACGCGAUUCAAGAAGCAACAGAAAAAAGCAUCUCAGGAAAAAGCCCGGGAAAUCUUUGAACGAAUCAAGGAAGUUCUGAAAAUCCAGUCGUGCCUGCAGUUGGCAGUUACGCACCCUGAACUAUUCUCUGAACCUCCAAGCGAAGAGCAUCCAUGUGCCUCAGAGGAGCUCAUAGAGAAGCUGCAGCGCAUCCAUGCACUCAUCACUCCUCCACCAGUUACUGAAAGCACCAAGUCUAUUGGCGAUGUUGUUCAUAGCUCUGCUCAGCAUAUUCAUCUGUUGGUGGACGGACGUAACAAAUUCGUCACGAAAGGAACCACUUACGAGGAUAUCAAGACCAAUUUCAUUGAUAGUGCGUCCGUUUGCUCGUACUAUGUGGAGAAGCCUGUGGAACCUGAGCCAGAGGAGCAGAGCGAACCGGAACAGCCUGCAGCUGACCAGGAAUGUGAUAAGGAAAUAUCUGAACCCGAGGCUGCUGUUGGUCAGACAGUUGAAGAAGAAGCCACAUCUGGUGAUGCUGCCCAGCUUCUGAAUCAUUCUGGAGAUAUGAUUGCUCCUGUAGCUUCUUUCAACAAAAUAGAUGACCUAACAAUGGCUGCUGCUGGGGCCGUUCCUGUCGAUGCUUCUACUACUGCCUUCUUGAUAAGAGAUGCACAGCCUCCUCCUCCACCUGGCCUGCAGCCACACCCACAACAGCAGCAAUCGGCCCCUCUCCUCAUGAACGAAGCGCUGCAGCUGCCAAAUAUUACAUCUCAAGAAGCCUUCGUAGCAGCUUUUACUCAACAGCAACAACAGCACCAACAACACCUUCAGGUUAUGUUCCAGAUGGAUCAUGAACAGCAACAGAAGAACAUUGCCCAUCAACAGAAAUUGGAACAGCAGCAACGGCAGCAGCACCAGCAGCUGCAGCAGCAGCAGCUCCAACAACAACACCUCCACCAACAAGAGCUCAAUCAAAGAGAGGAAUUAGAAGACGCGGACGAUUGUAACAGCCUUCAUAAUGAUUCUAUCAAAGACCUCCUAACUUUGGGCUCAUUUGACUUUCUGCAAGAAAGCGUAAUAGAUAAACCAUCUGGAGGCACGUCGUCUACCGUGAGCGAAGUCGCUGUGUACAUGGAUCCUGCUGUCGUAUCUAUUGGAAGCGUGAACCCAGCUGAAAUGACAGUCACUGCUGAUCCUCAUGUAGCCCCUGUUGAGCAUUACACGACACCUCCUGCACAACACUCCGUCACCCAAUCAUCCGUUUCUGCACAGAAUUUGCCUCACUCCAUUAAUAAUCUCGCCGCCAUUCCUACUCCUAAUUUCCCCCCCACCGUUCCACCUCCUGCCACGAGUCUAUCUAACGUUCCACCUCCCCCAAUUCACUCUAGUAACUCUAGACAGCCUCCUGCUCCUCAUCAACUUGAGGCAGAGCAGUUCUUCAGUCAUGCACCCCCACCUUCACACAGCUCCACCUACGCCCCCGAUGCUUUGGCGUAUUCCGUCCCUCCACCCUCUGCCGCUGCUCCUCCCCAGGCAGCACUGACUCCUACUUUGGACAACACUCCCAACCCCCCUCCGCCAAUUCCACUCCCUCAAGAACAUACGUCUUCAAGUUGGGAUCAACCCAGUCAAAGUUGGAGCGACGAUCAGCCGCAAAUGAACGGCGGCGUUCAGACAUGCACUUCUCCUGGCGCUGAAAAUCAGUCCUCAUCCACAGACUGGAGCGCUGCUCCUAUUGAAGACAAAAAUCGCCGCAACAGAAGCUGGGGAUCUGAAGAGGGUGAUGGCAACAUGGGAGGAAAUUGGAGCGACGUUCGUAGUCCUCCUCGACCCGCAAUGCAGCCACAGCAGCAAGAUGAGUAUGACCGCAAGAUGGGCGGUGGCAGCGGUUACAGGAAUGGACCUCCCAAUCGCAUGAGGCGUGACAACGAGGUUGAUGAUUAUGGCAGUGGUCACGAUGAGGGCUCGUAUUGGGGCGGUGAGGAAGAUUACGACGACCGCAGAGGCAGUAUGUAUUCCCGAGGACGAGGUGGACGUGGCCGAAUGAAUACUAAUCACAACAACGGAGGUUAUCGCGGCAGAGGUGGUUUCAGCUCUAACGGCUAUCAGAACAGCAACCGAGGAGGCUAUGGAGGACCCCAAAGCUUCAGGAAUCGCGGCGGUAUGGGUGGUCCCAGCUCCGGCGGCUUCAGAGGAAUGCGAGGUGCCAAUAGAGGUGGCAUGCCACGUGGAAGUGGUGCUGGUGGUGGUGCCGGUGCCAGUGCUGGCGGCGCGUACAGGAAUAGUCGCAGCAACUACUCCUCAGUACAGAGACCCUACUACGGGCAAUAACGCUCCUCUUCGAUAUUGGCCUCUUAACAAAGCAACCAUUGAUUAGGGUUAGGCUGCUUAGGUUUAACUGCGGGCACUUCUUGCUACAACUACUAGCUGUAAGGAAUUUGAAAGGAAUUUUCUAAAAUUUGAUUGCCAGCCUUUUAUUUCUGUCAGGUUAUGUAGCGGUCUCUUUUUCGUUUUUAAGAUACGUGAGAGGUUGAGGUGUUCUUCAGCUCAUUCAACAAAUAAAGCAGGUUUUAUUAUUUCAAUGAUGUAAGGCAAUGGAUCAUCAAAAUCACCUGUUAUCCAAUAGAAUGUUUAAUGCUAUAAUUUCCAAUUAGACUCGUCUUUGCAUUUGCCCAUGCCGGCUUUAUUCGACCCCCACGAGCGGCCAGAGUCGCUGCGACGCUUAUCAAAGUUGCGGGGUUCUUUAGCUAUGCUGUUGAAUCUUGGCUCUGUUUGUAUGUCGUUUAUCCUGUAUACUUUGUAUUCCACGUCUAUUCUGUCCCUCGCACAUCUUGACCAAUAUUGUUUUCGAUAGUUUGUAUAACUUGAAUCCGUUGGUGUUAUUCCUUAAGAUAGCAAACAAUGCUUUUUAUGAUAAGCUUGAUGCUUGUGAUCAAUAAGGAAUAUUGAGCGACCCUCGUUUUUUUAUUAGUACAGUUUGAUCAGGUAGAUCUUUCGUGCUAUCUUAAGACAUCGUUCAUUUUUUUGGCGUCGAUGUAAUCGCCGUGCGGAAAUUAAUUUUCGCACUUUUAGGCUUUAAUAAGGCGCGUUACUGAUGGCAGCGCAAGUUUUUUUAUUAGAAUAUUCCUUUCAUUGGCACAUGCAGGAAUUAUAUGUAUUGCAACAUGAAA